AUGUGCGGAAACGUAUCUCAGCUAAACUGUUCUGAAACUAACGCAGACACUGAAGACAGUUGGAAACUUCAGUUGAAGGUUGAGGAUAUCAUUAUGGCAGGACUUUUCAGUGUAUUGGCCGUUGUCACUGUUACAACUAAUCUUCUGGUACUUGCCUCAUCAAUUUCUAUGAACCAACGUCUGCGAUGCCCCACAUAUCUCCUUAUUUUAUCCUUAUCAGUAGCUGAUUUGACAGUGGGACUAUUGUUACUUCCAACUCGAAGUAUUGAGCUACUCUCGUACAGUUGGACAAGGCAAUUUAUCUGGUGUAAAGUGACAUUAUGUCUCAAUCUGUUCAGUCUGAGCGCUUCUCUGCUAAAUCUCUUGGCAGUGACGUUUGACCGAUUUCUUGCCAUCUCCUACUCUUUAAUGUACAACACCAUGAUAACAAAACAAAGAAUGUACGCAACGAUAACUGCUGUGUGGCUGACUGCGUUCUUCAUAAUACUAUUCCCGCUAUGCGGUGUUGGAAUAAAGCCUUCGGAGGAUUACCAUCCCCAAAGAGUAUGCAGCUAUGGCGAUCUACUGGAAAGAAAAUACCUGGCUCUUUUCUUUGUCUCAAUCUGCACAGUACCAACCAUGAUUAUAACUGUGGCGUAUUUUAAGAUCUUUGUCCUUGCGCGCAGUCAGGAGAGACGGAUAGCGUCAUUACAGGUGUUUGUGGACAGAGGCUUGGCGCAGUCUGCGGUUAGUAGAGGGGAUGGUCUUAAUAGGGAGUCCAAGGCUGCUAAAACAGUAGGUACGAUUCUUUUAGAUCUGUUUUCAGACAACUACUGGCCUGCAAGCAAAUAGGUCUUUGAGGGUCUCUGGCACAAGCACAUAAAGUGUUUCUUGAUUUCACUCAUUUAGUUCUUUUCCGUCAAAAGAAGCCUCAAGACUGAGCUUGCUCGCAAGCUACAGACCAACAGACUAUACUUCAUGCCUUUUUAGGGAAUUUGAGUCGCCUUUAACUCAGUAGGUGUCUCUCUUCCGACACCAACUAAAAAAAAUCAAACAAACAAAUCAAAGCUCAACUCCGUGGUCCUUUUUCCUUAGUUCAAUCACAAAGGUAAUUGAAAAAUUAUCAUCAGUAUCACAAACGUGACAGUGCCAGCAUACUUUGCUUUCCCAUUGCAUCGGUUUAAACUACGGAGCCACAAACUUAGCACUAGGAUGUCAGUAAGAACUAAAUGCUAUCGGAGUUGCUGCCAAGAGUCGAGAAAAGGGUGGACAUUUAUUCACAGAAAAUUUGCACUGAUAUCUACCUCGUUCCCAGUCGCUAGCGAUCUUAGGGGGUGAAAGGAGUGAUGGGAAGGAUCACUCCCUGUUCGCGCUCUGCGCCCGUUCCCAUGAUCCCCCUCUCGCGCUUCCCACUUGACUCUAGUCCUCUCGCUUCUCGCUUGUUCCGUGCUCCCUCUAAGCCUUGGGAAAGUUUAUGGAGGAGGCAGCACCGGCGGAUAUCUCAAGUUAGGAAUGCCAAAAAAGAUCACCAAUGAAACGUGAGACUGACUCAGAGAGAAGGAACCUCUUCUCUGAGGUUUCGAUAACUGUGACCACCAUGGAAAUGAUGAGUGCGGACGUGAUCAAGCUGAAUGAUGACAUUUUCUCUCUAAGUUUUUGGGAAGAAAGAAAUAGUCUUUGAUCCCAGCCGGGCGAAAACUCAUAUAGUUUAGAUUUUUGACUAACUUUAUUAAUGUUUUAAAUCUUAAAACUGAAACUUUCUUCUUUUACUUUUUUUCUUAAAGCAAUCGUCAUCGGUCUGUUUUAUCUCUCCUGGAGUCCAUUCUUCGCUAUCAUACUCUUGGCAAUAUUCAGGAAUGAGGCUCCGCCUUACGCCUUUGUUUCUAUCACAACCUUGAUGGUGAGCUCAAAUUCUGCCAUCAACCCCCUCGUUUAUGGCUGCCUCAAUCAAGAUUUUAAGAUCACGUUCAGGAAAAUUGUUCAUUCCUGCCGAACUCACAUCCUGAGGAAACACAAGCUCUCGCCUCCAAUCGCUAUGGCAAUAAAGAAGUCAGAAAAACAGACCAUCACGGCUACUAUCCCAGCCACGCCCCUCGAAACGGUUGCACGAAGUAACCAUUCAGUUUUCCUCUUCUGA